AUGGAGCGGUACAAGGCCUUCGUAAGCGAAAUAAAGCGGGAAAACGAGAAAAUCGGGAAGAAAAUCCGCUUCGCAAACAACAAAACCAAGUUUAAGCAACUGAAUGGAAAAAAAAUUUACUACAAUAAAUUUUUUGUGAACAGCUAUGAGGUAGAGAAGAAAAACAACCUGUGCAAGUAUUACAAACAUAAAAUUUACAAAAAUACAAAUCCGGCGUUUAAAAAUAAUCUGCCACAAUAUAGCCUUCUUCAAAUGGUAAAAAAUUAUGAUGAGUUGGAUUUGUUUCAGUUCUGUUCGAGGGGCACGAGGAGUAAGGAGAUCAACCGUGGGGAGAGGAUCAACUGGGGGGAGAGGAUCAACUGGUUGUCACCCCUCCUUUCCCACUUUAUCGAAAUUGUGAUCAAGAAAAGAGACUUAUACAGCAUCAACGACGUGUUACUCCUAACAGAGCAGAUAAAGAAAUUAAACUAUUACCACCCCUACUUCUGCAAACUGAAGAAGAACCGGUGAAUGGCCAUGGUGAGAAGUGCAGAUGCGCAGAGGAGCGUCGAACCGGCAGGGGAGGAGGAGAAGCCCUUCGCCCCCUUCAACUGCGACGCGAACGCGAACCUGAAGAAGCUGAAUCUGGACGAUGAAAUGCUAGUUGUAGCCCACGACUACGACUGGCACCCGUCCGAGAAGACCUUCAUCGAUCUAGUGGAUACCAUCAAGCACGUCGUGCUCCUCAUCGAAUUGAAGCUCCUCUCUGCCUUCCCGUUUGCGUGUCAAAAGAGCCCAGCCGAAAUAGAGUUCAUCAAACGGGUGAACUUCCAAGCGGAUGGCGAGAAAAACGUUCACAAGUACAAUGCGCAAAAUAUGAGCCGGGAGCAGCGCGCGCUCGUGGAACGGCUAAUCCAAAGGAACGAGCAGCGGGAGAGGCGGCAACGGGAGGAGCAGCAACGGGAGGAGCAGCCGCAUCCCCUACAGCAGCAGUGGGAACACCACUUUGAUGACUCCAAUCUGAGCUUCCUGUUUUAUCGGAACUAUAGCGACGAGCCAGGAACAGUCACGAUGAGCGACAUCAACGAGUUCAUUAAAUCCAAGCCAGAUGUGAAAUUCAACCUCACGGACGGCACCUAUUUCGCCCACAUAUUUUCUCACCUGCAGCAGGUCCAGCUGAGUGAGGCGGAAGAACGCAUACUGAAGGAGAGCCUCCAAGCCCUGCCGCUCUGGGCGAACAGCCUGGUGCGCCUCGACGUGAACACCGUGGCCGACUUGUUCUACGCCCUCACGCUUUUUCAAGUUAUUCAGGGAUGCCAAAACGGAAGGGUCACCAAAAACAGAUACGGGUACUCCAAAACGGACAAGCACACAGAAAAUGACGCUCUCUACAAAAUCCUUUCUGAAAUUUUGAUAAAAAAAAUAAUAAACAUAAAAAGUGAACGUCUGUACAAGGUCAUUUUGUCCUGCGCAAACACGGCCUACUCGGACGUCUACUUGAAUCACUUUUUAAAAAACUUCAACAGACAUGUUAAAUUUGGGAAAAUGCGCAAGUACGUUAACUGUUAA